AUGCCAGCCCACUACGCUGGCCUCCAACCGCACGCCCGAGACUCGCUCGAGCUUGCAUCGCUGGCCUCUUCCAGUCGCGGCCCCGACACAUACUCAGACACAGACUCGAGGCCCUCGAUAUCCUCCUCCAGGAAGCUGUCUCUCGAACAAGAUGACCCCUUAGACGACAACAACCCCGCAGCAAGAUCUGGCUUUGGCCACGGCCGCACCUUCUCGACCGCUUCCAACUUUGACUAUACCGCGAACCUCUUCCCGCUGUCCUCGUCCGCUGGGAAUGGUUAUGCGCCGCUGGGUGCGCCCACGUCGGCUGCACACCAAGCCGGCGGUCUGGGAGGGACAUCGCUCGAGAAACACAAGACCCUCACCUAUCUGAACGGCCUCAGCUUGAUCAUUGGCCUCAUCAUCGGCUCGGGCAUAUUCUCAUCGCCCAGCCAAGUCAAUAUGAACGUCGGCUCGCCUGGCGCCGCUGUUAUUGUGUGGGUCAUAGCUGGCAUCCUGGCCUGGACGGGAGCAGCAAGUUACGCUGAGCUUGGUGGCGCCAUCCCACUGAAUGGAGGGCCCCAGGCGUAUUUGAGCAAGAUCCUGGGCGAGCUCGCAGGCUUCCUCUUCACCUGGGUCGCCGUGCUGGUGCUGAAGCCUGGCAGCGCCGCCAUUAUCUCCAUCAUCAUGGGCGAAUACUUGGUGCGCGCCGCCAUCGGCGCCGAAGCAGAGACCGUGAGUCCUUGGAUCAACAAGGCCGUGGCCAUCGUGGGCCUGUCCAUCAUCACCUUCAUAAAUGCCUUGUCGACACGGUUGGGCACGCGCAUCAACGACUGGCUCAUGUUUCUCAAGUUUAUUGCCUUGACCGGCGUAACCGUUGUUGGUGUCGUUGUUGCACUGACGGGUUUCUCGUUCUCGGGCUCGGCCAAUUCGGAUUGGAAGACUCACUCAUGGUUUGAGGGGACAAGUACAGAUAUCAGCAAGUGGGCUGUUGCCAUAUACGCUGGACUUUGGGCCUAUGAUGGUUGGGAUAACACCAACUAUGUUGUAGGAGAGUUCCGCAACCCAGGGCGUGACCUUCCUCGUGUCAUUCAUACGGCGAUGCCACUAGUUAUCACAAGCUACGUUCUAGCUAACGUUGCUUACUUUUUCGUCUUGCCCAUGGCUGCAAUCAACACCACAAACACCGUGGCAGUCAUGUUUGGUGGUAAGGUCUUUGGCCCGAUCGGUGCUUUGGUUCUGGCACUCAUCGUGAGCGCCUCGUGUUUCGGGGCACUCAACUCGCAGACGUUCACCAGCAGCCGCCUCGUAUAUGCGGCGGGCAAAGAGGGUUAUUUCCCAGCCCUCUUUGGGCGCAUUGGCCUCCACUCGACUGAGCCUGGCUUGUCUGCGACAAGAACGAGGAAUUGGUUCUCAAAGCGGCUUCAUAACAUGCUGGGUGACGAAGAGGCCGGCUUGUUCUUCACGCCGGUCAACGCCCUCUGCCUGAACGCAGCUCUUACGCUAGCAUAUAUCCUGGUCGGAGAGUUCGGCGAGCUGAUCACGUUUUACGGCGUUGCUGGAUACACCUUCUACUUCCUGACGGUCCUGGGACUUAUUAUACUUCGUGUCCGGGAACCAAACUUGGAGCGCCCUUACAAGACAUGGAUUACGACUCCUAUCAUCUUCUGCUGUGUCAGUCUGUUCUUACUCAGCAGAGCUGUCUUCGCACAGCCUCUGAAGACUUUGAUUGUGAUAGCCUUUGUCCUGAUUGGCAUUCCGGUAUAUUUCUGGAGAAUCCACGGACGGGAUCAGGUGACAAAGCGAGAGGUCGGUGGUCUCGACUCCAAAUCUGGUUGGAAGUUCUGGAAACGCUGGAGGAACUGA